AACCCUUAAUGGUGUGAGCUCCAAUAUCGAGUUCAGAUCUUAAAGAGUGCCCGUAUGAAAACAAAACGGUUAAAAUGAUCAAACAACUGGACGUGAUGCAAAGGUGGUCACAUCUCCAAUUCAAGUUAAGAAAAAUUUGAAAAGGACUAGCAACUCGACACUAAUAUCUUGAAUCUGGACGGUUUAGAAGAGUGUAAUUCCUGCCAUGGGAUGCCUCCCCUUUCACAGGAAUCCCUGCUGCCUGUUAUGGACGGAAACCUGAGCAUGACACGAGGAAUAUUGUGUCGGUCAGGGACCCAGGCUGUGAAUGGAAGAAGAAUAAUUGUUGGCUUAAAAUCUGACAAUUGCAGUAGGGAAAUGCUGCUCCGGGUAUGCAGUAUGGUAGUUGUGCGAGGGGACAGCAUACUUGCUGUUCAUGUGGAGCAAUCUGAUGAUACUUUCGAUCCUAAUACAUUUCACAUCCAUGAAGAUCUCUGUAAAUCUAAGCAGGUGGAAUUUGAAAUCAAGAUUUGUACUGGAUGCUGCUACAUAACAGAACUGAGCCACCAAGUCCGGGUAACGCUUGCAACGAUUCUUGUAGUUGGAUGCAGCAGAAAAUGGCCAAAAGAUUCGAUGAUUGCCAAAUGCCAGAAAGCAAUGCCUCCUACUUGCCAGCUUCUAGUAAUAGAUAAUGGAGGGAAAAUCAUAUUCCAGAAGAUGGGAACUUCACAGCAAGGUUCAGCCUCCAGAAAUUAUCGAACUUGCCUUUCAUCUAUAUCACAAUCCAGCUGCUGUGAUCAGUCAGGAACUAGACCUGUCAUCAGAAAAUUCUUGUCGAUGCCUUCUUCAUCAACAGCUUCAACACCGCAGCAAAGUGAAAGUGAAAAAUUCAUCACUGCCAAGACUAAUCAGCAACUCCAUUAUUUUUCUCCGAAAUUCAGCCAGAGAUUGGCUAUGUUGGAAGUGAAGGGCCAAAACAGGUGGUUCACGGUUGAAGAACUUAACAAUGCAAUGGAAAGCUUCGGUUCCAAUGUGUUGAUUGGAGAAGGUGCACAUAGUCGAGUUUAUCAAGCCAUCCUUGAAAAUGGUCAGGCUGUGGCAGUGAAGGUUCUUAACACCUCCCGAUUCUCUGAGGAAUUUUUUUUUCAAGAAGUGGAUAUAUUGAGUGGCUUGAAACAUAAAAACAUAGUCCAACUUCUUGGACACUGUUACAGUAAAGAAAUGCUAGCAAUUGUUUACAACUUACACAGUUCAAGUCUGAAGCUAAGGCUUAAUCAGUUGAAAUGGAGUGGGAGGAUACAGAUUGCAUUUGGUGUCGCCAAGGCAUUAGAGUACCUCCAUUCUUGCUGUCCUCCGAUUAUACAUAAAGCUGUAAAUUCAUCUAAUAUCCUCAUGUCGGAAGAUGGCGAGCCACAUUUGUCAGGUUUUGGAGCUGCGAAAGUACAAUUGGUUACCCAUCGGUCGUCAGCACAUAAAGAGACAACUCAUGUUAUUGAGACAUUAGGAUAUUUGGCUCCGGAGUACGCAAUGUAUGGCAAAGUUGAUGAGAAGAUAGACGUGUAUUCUUACGGGGUGGUGUUAUUGGAACUGAUCACUGGAAAAGAAGCUGUUCAAGCAAGUCCGGCAUCACAUCAAGAAAGCUUAGUGCUUUGGGCUCGGUCCCUGCUGACUUGUGGUCUAUGUGAACGACUGAUCGAUCCCAGCCUAAAUGGAGACUACAACAAGGAAGAGAUGAAAGCAAUGAUGAAUGCAGGACGCCUCUGUCUCUUGCAUUCAUCUUCUAGAAGGCCAACGAUGAAAACCAUUUUGCAUAUUCUUGAAGAGGCAAACCCCAUGUUGAAGAUGCAGAAUAAAGAGAGAGAUGCUUGGCCAAAUUUGAUGCAAAGAGGAGAAUCAAUUUUGCAGAUACCGCCAUAAUAUUUGGUAUUGAUCUACAUGGAAAUGAGGGAGUCUCCUUCCAGCUAUGUUUAUCUUCUCCACUGCAGACAUGCUUUCAUUUCUGUUAUUAGGAAUAAAUUGAUUGUUGUUAACGUGAAAUGCCACAUAUCAAUUCAUGUGGGGAACUUCAAUUAUUUAAUCUAAUUUCAAGUAGCAUAGAUUGGCAUGUUUCAGUUGGUAGCAAUAUUAGGUAAUACAAACAGAUUACGUAAUAUUUUUCAGAAGCCUGUCUAUAAGUAGUGUUUUAGUGAAGAAUUAUAGAGUCAAAACCGGCCUUCAACUUAGUUUUGGCUGCUUUUAUCCAACUCUUUUGACUGGAUCAUUUCUUUUGAAGCAAUUGACAAGACUGUUUCCAAAUUCUUGAAGUUGAGGACAAGAAGAGAGUUCUAAUGCUUUUUCACUAAUAUGAAUGCAUAUUGCUGCUUGUUUUGGAUUGUAUUUAGCACUUGGGAGUUCUGGAAGUGCAUAUCUUUUGAACAGGGUUGAGAAAAGAGUCUACCUCUGAUAAAUACUUGCACAUUGAUGAAGAUCCAAUGUUAGUACACUGAAGACAGAAGAAACGAAAAAUAGAAGGGACUCUUCAAUUCUGUGUUGAUGAAGAUAAAAAGAGACUAAAGAGUGUAAAUCAGUAAAAAAAAAAAAAACGAUUCUUAAAAAUGAAAAUGGUUAACUCUGGAUGCAUAAAAUUACGAACGAAAUUCU